ACCGGACACCUGUAAGCACGCGGACACGGCUCGGGACGCUCGCGCGCGCGCUCCUUCCUGCCCGUGGCUCGCGCUCGCGACGAUGAGGCGCGGCCACCGGAGUCCCUGCGCCCGCCCCUAGGACAACGACAUGCCAUUGCAACUAUCGCACGAGACAUGCCGCCGACCACGAGGAGCACCCUCGCCCUAUCCUCGCUCCUGCUGCUGCUCCUGCUGCUCCUACUGCUGCUCCGGGAAGGCGCGUGCAUCAAGUGGCUUGCCUUAGGUCGAGCGGUGGACGGAUUCGAAUGGACGCGCGAGGCCUGCACCGGAGCGCGCACCUCCGGCCUCCUCGAGCGCAAGCAGGCGAGGGCCUGUCGGGCAACCCCCGACAUCAUGCAGAACCUCGUUCAGGCGGCGAGGGAUACAUCAACCGUCUGCCAGCAGGCGUUCAGACACCAGAGAUGGAACUGCAGCAGCAUCGAGAGAGCGCCCGACUUUACGCCCGAAUUGCUCACAGGUACGAAGGAGCAAGCAUUCGUCUACGCCAUGUCGGCCGCGGCGGCAGUCUGGCGUCUGGCGCGGGGCUGCGCCCUCGGCAACCUCGCCGCGUGUUCGUGUGCAACGCCCCCGCGGCGCGAGCCCCCUGCCCCCUCAGCCCUCGUCCAGGCCUCGACGUCCCUGUCGCCGACGGCGAUUGGCUUCGGGCCCGCGUCCGCUCGCAGUGCCUUCAAGUGGGGCGGCUGCGGCGACGACGUGCGCUCAGCUUCGCGCAUCGCCAAGCGCUUCCUCCAGGGCGAGACACCGAGCCCCGGCACUGGCGCCUCCGCCAAGUUCCUCCACGCCGUCAACAUGCACAACAACCGCGCUGGCCGCAGGGCAGUGGAGCAGUCGCUGUCGCUGGAGUGCAAGUGUCACGGGGUCUCGGGCUCCUGUAGCGUACGCACCUGUUGGCGAGGACUUGGCUCGAGCGGUCCGGCCGCAGCCGGGGCCCGACUACUGCGACGCUACGCGACCGCCGCGGAGGUGCGACCGACGUCCAGUGGGCGACUCCCGCCCCUCUAUCAUCACAACAACCUCCUCUACACGACCAAGAGUGCGGAUUACUGCCUUGAGGACAAAAGGCGAGGAAGCCUCGGCACCGUCGGCAGGCAGUGCAACGGGAGCAGCGCCGGCUACGAUGGCUGCGAAUACCUCUGCUGCGGUAGGGGACACGUGACACGGGCCGAGGAGAUCCUCGAACGAUGCGAGUGCAAGUACUUCAGCUGCUGUUACGUCAAAUGCAAGACCUGCCGAAAUGUCAUCAUCACCCACGAAUGCAAUUGAGAGGGUCUGCGAUGUCCUUGUCGCCGUCACAGGAGCGGAAGAAGAAGGUGCGUCUAUAGAACGGAUCCUUGGGAUUAAUUGGAGAGACAUUUUCCAAGCCAUUGGAUGCUUUCCGAGUCCCGUUUUUUUUUCUUACGACUGCUCGG